CUGUGUUUAACACUGGAGAGAGGGCGUUCCUGUAGGUUACCUAGGAAACUCAUCUUUACGAUCAUUCCGCGAGCACGUGCGGGCAGCACAAGGCCCGGUGAAGUACUGCAACACGAGCGGGAAGCAAGUUUUCUGUCGUCAGAUUUAUUUCGUUGUCUUUUUUAGAAUGGCAAACGGAUCCAAUGAAAAUACAUAUCUAAUAAAAGACAUGAAACCAGGAUUGAAAAACAUUAACUUAGUUUUCAUCGUCCUGGAAACUGGUCGAGUAUCUAAGACGAAGGAUGGACACGAAAUCCGCUCAUGUAAAGUGGCGGACCGGACCGGAAGUAUCACCAUAUCGGUGUGGGACGAAGUUGGCAGUCUCAUACAAACAGGAGAUAUCAUCCGACUUAACAGAGGAUAUGCAUCUCUCUUUAAGGGAUGUCUUACACUAUAUAUUGGGAGGACCGGGGACCUCCAAAAGACCGGAGAGUUCUGUAUGGUCUUCUCAGAGGUUCCCAAUUUUAGUGAGCCCAACCAGGAGGUGAUGGCUAAAAUCCACCAAAUAAACCACACGCAUGUGAAAUCAGAAGCUCAGGGCGGCACACCUAAUAUUCAGUAUUCCGGAACACCUGCUGGACCUCCAGCAAACGGCUCCGCUGUGUUUGUCCCGUCUCCAGCUUCACAAGAGAGCUCUUUUGGUGGCGGUGGGCGACGUUUGAACCGUUCACAUUGGAAAAGAGGUUCCCAAUUUCCAGGUGGGCUUAAACCCAACAACACUAAUGGACGAGACCCUCGCCGGGCACUGAAAAGAUGACAGCAACAGAGGUCAUGCUGCAUGAAUAUAGUUUGUUUUCAGCAGUUUUUUGUUAUUUAUGAAUGUAUUGUUUUUUUCAGGGUUUGUGUUAUUCGUUCUUAUUUUUAAUCGUUGAAGAAGUUUUUUUUGAAUGAGAGAUGUUGCACAAGGACAUGAAACAAAACCAAAUAAAGUAGA